CACACAUGUCAACCUAAAAUCUUCGCUUCCUUUCACUAUGGAAGAUGUCUUGUGAUUGACCUCAAUUACUGACUUGUGGAGAUGCGGUGAAUGUGAAAUCCCACAUAUAGAUCGUUUUCCUUCUAAGCUCCCUGAUCAUUCUGAAAGAUCUUGAACCCUCUUCUGGAAAGGGGUGCCUAUCGUUACUUUAUGGGGCAGCAGCCUGGAAAAGUUCUUGGGGACCAGAGGAGGCCAAGUUUGCCUGCCCUGCACUUUAUCAAAGGAGCAGGCAAGAAAGAAUCAUCGAGGCAUGGGGGUCCACACUGCAAUGUUUUUGUGGAACAUGAAGCCCUUCAGAGGCCAGUAGCAUCUGACUUCGAGCCCCAAGGUCUGAGCGAAGCAGCUCGUUGGAACUCUAAGGAAAACCUUCUCGCUGGUCCCAGCGAAAAUGACCCCAACCUUUUCGUUGCACUGUAUGAUUUUGUGGCCAGUGGGGAUAACACUUUAAGCAUAACUAAAGGUGAAAAGCUCCGGGUCUUAGGCUACAAUCACAAUGGGGAGUGGUGUGAAGCCCAAACUAAAAAUGGCCAAGGGUGGGUCCCAAGCAACUACAUCACGCCAGUCAACAGUCUGGAGAAACAUUCCUGGUACCAUGGGCCCGUGUCCCGCAACGCCGCUGAGUACUUGCUGAGCAGUGGGAUCAAUGGCAGCUUCUUGGUUCGGGAGAGCGAGAGCAGUCCUGGGCAGAGGUCCAUCUCGCUGAGAUACGAAGGGAGGGUGUACCACUACAGGAUCAACACUGCUUCUGAUGGCAAGCUCUACGUCUCCUCGGAGAGCCGCUUCAACACGUUGGCCGAGCUGGUUCAUCACCACUCAACGGUGGCCGACGGGCUCAUCACCACUCUCCACUAUCCGGCCCCCAAACGCAACAAGCCCACCGUCUACGGCGUGUCCCCGAACUACGACAAGUGGGAGAUGGAGCGCACGGACAUCACCAUGAAACACAAGCUGGGCGGAGGCCAGUACGGGGAGGUGUACGAAGGCGUGUGGAAGAAGUACAGCCUGACGGUGGCCGUGAAGACCCUGAAGGAGGAUACCAUGGAGGUGGAAGAGUUCUUGAAAGAGGCCGCAGUAAUGAAAGAGAUCAAGCACCCCAAUUUAGUACAGUUACUCGGGGUCUGCACCCGGGAGCCCCCGUUCUAUAUAAUCACUGAGUUCAUGACCUAUGGGAACCUGCUGGAUUACCUGAGGGAGUGUAACCGGCAAGAGGUGAACGCCGUGGUGCUGCUGUACAUGGCCACUCAGAUCUCGUCGGCCAUGGAGUACCUGGAGAAGAAGAACUUCAUCCACAGAGAUCUUGCUGCCCGAAACUGCCUGGUAGGGGAAAACCACUUGGUGAAGGUGGCUGAUUUCGGCCUGAGCAGGUUAAUGACAGGGGACACCUACACAGCCCACGCCGGGGCCAAGUUCCCGAUCAAGUGGACGGCACCCGAAAGCCUGGCCUACAACAAGUUCUCCAUCAAGUCGGAUGUCUGGGCAUUUGGAGUCUUGCUUUGGGAAAUUGCUACCUACGGCAUGUCACCUUACCCAGGAAUUGACUUGUCCCAGGUGUAUGAACUCCUAGAGAAAGACUACCGCAUGGAGCGCCCGGAAGGCUGCCCAGAGAAGGUCUACGAACUCAUGCGAGCAUGUUGGCAGUGGAAUCCCUCUGACCGGCCCUCCUUCGCUGAAAUCCACCAAGCCUUUGAAACAAUGUUCCAGGAAUCCAGCAUAUCAGAUGAAGUGGAAAAGGAAUUGGGGAAGAAAGGCAUGCGAGGGGUUGCAGGUACUCUGCUGCAGGCCCCAGAGCUGCCCACCAAGACGAGAACCUCCAGGAGAGCUGCCGAACACAAAGACGCCCCCGACGUGCCCGAGACGCCCCACUCCAAGGGCCCAGGAGAGACUGAUCCUCUGGACCACGAGCCCGCCGUGUCUCCAUUGCUCCCGCGAAAAGAACGCGGUCCUCAGGAUGGCGGCCUAAACGAAGACGAGCGCCUCCUCCCCAAAGACAAGAAGACCAACUUGUUCAGUGCCUUGAUCAAGAAGAAGAAGAAAACAGCCCCAACCCCUCCCAAACGCAGCAGCUCCUUCCGGGAGAUGGACGGCCAGCCGGAGCGUAAGGGGGCCCCGGAGGAAGAAGGCCGAGACAUCAGCAACGGGGCGCUGGCGCUCGCGCCCGCGGACACAGCCGAGCCAGCCAAGUCCCUGAAGCCCAGCAGCGGGGCCGGCGUCCCCAAUGGAGCCUUCCGGGAGUCGGGGGGUGCAGGCUUCCGGUCUCCCCACCUGUGGAAAAAGUCCAGCACGCUGACCAGCAGCCGCUUGGCGGCCGGCGAGGAGGAGAGCGGCGGCAGCUCCAGCAAGCGCUUCCUGCGCUCCUGCUCCGCCUCCUGCGUGCCCCACGGGGCCAAAGACACCGAGUGGCGCUCGGUCACGCUGCCUCGGGAUCUGCAGUCCACGGGAAGACAGUUUGACUCGUCCACGUUUGGAGGGCACAAGAGUGAGAAGCCAGCUCUGCCUCGGAAGCGGGCAAGUGAGAACAGGUCUGACCAGGUGACCAGAGGCACAGGCACUCCCCCACCCAGGCUGGUGAAGAAGACCGAGGAAGCGGCCGACGAGGUCUUCAAAGACACGGCCGAGUCCAGCCCGGGCUCCAGCCCUCCCAGCCUGACCCCAAAACUCCUCCGUAGGCAGGUUGUGGUCGCGCCUUCCUCCAGCCUUCCCCACAAGGACGAGGCUGGGAAGUCCAGUGCCUUGGGGACGCCUGCUGAGCCGGUGCCCCCCACCGGCAGGGCGGGGCCAGGUGCUUCUGGAGGGACCAGCAAGGCCCCUGCCGAGGAGUCCAGAGUGAGGAGGCACAAGGCCUCCUCCGAGUCCCCAGGGAGAGACAAGGGGAAAUUGUCCAAGCUCAAACCUGCCCCGCCGCCCCCUCCUCCAGCCUCCGUGGGGAAAGCCGGGAAGGCCUCCCAGAGCCCGAGCCAGGAAGCAGCCGGGGAGAUGGGUGCCAGUGGGAAAGCAAAACCCAUGGCUCUGGUUGUGGAUGCCGUGAACAGUGACGCUGCCAAACCCAGCCAGCUGGGAGAGGGCGUCAAAAAGCCCGCGCUCCCGUCCAUGCCAAAGCCCCAGUCGUCCGCCAAGCCCGCGGGGACCCCGACCAGCCCAGCCCCUGCUCCCUCCGCGCUGCCGUCAGCAUCCUCUGCCCUGGCAGGGGACCAGCCGUCCUCCACCGCCUUCAUCCCUCUCAUAUCGACCCGCGUGUCUCUUCGGAAAACCCGCCAGCCUCCGGAGCGGAUUGCCAGUGGCACCAUCACCAGGGGCGUGGUCCUGGGCGGCGCCGAGGCCCUGUGCCUGGCCGUCUCCAAGAACUCUGAGCAGAUGGCCAGCCACAGCGCCGUGCUGGAAGCCGGCAAAAACCUCUACACGUUCUGCGUGAGCUACGUGGACUCCAUCCAGCAAAUGAGGAACAAAUUCGCCUUCCGCGAGGCCAUCAACAAACUGGAGAACAAUCUUCGGGAGCUUCAGAUCUGCCCGGCGACGGCAGGGAGCGGCCCGGCGGCCACCCAGGACUUCAGCAAACUCCUCAGCUCCGUGAAAGAGAUCAGUGACAUCGUGCAGAGGUAGCAGAAGCCGGGCGUCGGGAGCCUGCAGCGCGUGAGGGCUCCCCCCGUGCCCGUGACGGUGGCUGAGACGGGACUGGCGAGCUGGGACCUUGGCCCAGGAGCUCUGCGCUGGGCAGGGCCGAGGCCGCCGUGGAGUGCAGCCCUACUACCUACGUCCUGGCCCCGCCGUUCUCCUGCGCUUGCCUUCUCCUCAGCCCGGGCUCCCUGAGCCAUCUGUCCGAGUUCUAUCUGUGGAGUUCCUGCUCUGUGGACUGCACGCCAGCGUCUUUCCCACAUCGUGCUUCAAAACUGAGCUCUUGGGGGCAGGUGGGAAGGCAGAUGAGCACUUCCUUUUCAUCUUUCUGGAGGACCUCCCCUGGCUAUGCCUUCGCCUCCAUUUCACCCCAAGAACGAGUACCCUGCGUGGGAGCUGUGUCACCAAGGCCUUGGGAACGGUCGCCUCCACUCACCUUGCGCAGAGAGGUUGUGCACUCACCUUCCUCGUGCCUCCUGUGCCGAAGACACGUUUGCAGAACUGCAUCUUGGGAAGUGCUACCAGCUGGCCACCCUCCCCUCCACUGCUGCCGCGGGCUGGUGCCCUCACCAUUUCCUCACGUGAAGGACAGCUCUUGAUUUGGGGGGUAAAACAGGGUGCUAAAACCAACCAGCCUCCGGGUCCCGGGACAGGUGGGGAAGCCGAGGAGGCCCGUGAUGUGGGAGAGGCCCCUUGUCACCCACUCUCUCCGUGUCCUUAGAGCCCAGUUCCCGGCUCUCUUGUGACAUGCACUGCUAAUCCUGGAUAGAAAGCUUGAGUCUUAAGGGUAGCAGGGUCGCUGGUCAGCGUAGGGGGGCUCCAGAGGCGGGAGGGGUGGCGGUGGGUGAGCAGCUGCUGCUGAGAUAGCCCAGGGCUGGGCCGGUCUGCGGUGAGCGCAGGGUUACCUUCCUUCCGAAUCUCCAGGUGCCCUGGAGAGGCGCUUGGUCUCGCUUUCCGAUUGACCUCUUUCCACUCUGUUGUCCUCCUCUAAGGCAAAGUAGAUGCUUGCAGGGCUCUUUCCCUGGUGACAAGCCAGUCUUCAGCUUUCUGGAGUUCUUGAAGCCUUUCAGAACUCGGCCCUCAGCACAGCUGCCUCCGAUCCAGAAGGAGCUGCCAUUGGGCGCCAGUGCACGCAGAGGAGGAAAGGGACUGGAGCACCGAAGCCCAGCCAGCGCUGGCUGCACCCUGACGGGCACAUGUCUUAUUUAAUUACCACGAGCAACACUUAACCUAAUGUUUCGGUUGGGCUUAUCAGGGAUGAAGAAAAUCACAAACAAAUGAACCCCCAGAAAGGGUCUCAGAGAGCAGCGUAAUCUCCCCCAGGCUGUCCAGGACCAGGCUGGUAGGGCAGGAGGAGCCCAGUGUCCUUGACCUUGACCUAGAGCGGCUGCUGAAGAGCAGGCCGACGGGCACCUGUCUGGGCCUCGGCGCGCUCAGGAGCGCCCCCUGGAGAAACCAGGAGGAAACCACCUUCCGCUCCCCAGGGCUCCUAGGGCCCGUGACCUGCACAGGCCCAAUUUUUACGCUCAUCACCUAAAUUUGUAUUUUAUUUCUCUGGUAGAGGUGGUGUCCUCUGAGUCGUUUUACGCUGUUUUCACAGCACGUCACCUCUUUGCCCCCCAGACUGCUGUGCUACACAGACCGAGGGAGGCGCCAGGGCACCGCCAGUGGCCUUGCAGACAAAGCAGAACAAAGCCCACCCAGGUUCCCUCCGCUGCCUGUUUCUGUGAGGUACUGGUCUCUUCCUGUUCACAUGAUGUGCCACUAUAUUUUGCAUUUAUACUUUGGUAUUACACUCUUUUUAUAGACUUGCUCUUUUAUAAAUGAUGUGUAAAUAGUUUUCCACCGUCCUCCCUUCCGGAAUGCCUAUGGUGUCUUUUUUUUUUUUUUUUCAGUCCAAUACAUUUUGUUUCUGUAUGUGACUCUGUUUUUUGAAUCCACGUCUCUCCUCCGUAGUAUUUUUUAAAUAAAUGUUUACAACACUA